AUGGCGGGGAUUAAAGCGUUGAUCAGCCUAUCGUUCGGUGGAGCAAUUGGACUGAUGUUCCUGAUGCUUGGUUGUGCCCUUCCAGAGUACAAGUAAAUAAUGAGUACUCAGAUAAAAUGAAUGCAGGAAACCUGAAAUAAAAAUGGAAAUUGCUGGAACACCUCAACAGGUCUGGCAGUAUAUUGUGGAGGGAGAAACGAAGUUAAUGUUUUGAGUCCAGAUGACUUCAUCGGAAUUUCUGGAUCAUAUUGAACUUGAAAUGUUAGCUCUGUCCUUCUCUCUUCACAGAUACUGCCAGCCCUUCUGAGAGUCUCCACUUUUUUAUUUUUACAAAACAAUAACUACCUUGUUUUUGGUGCUAAGCCAGAGGUAACACCAUCUUUAUUUUUCUUUUAACACUAAAACUAAUAGAACAUCACUGACUUCUUGGAGGAGAGAAUAAAAAUCAUGACUAAAGAUUAAAGCUGAGUUCUUAAGUGAAUAUAAUUCUGGUUUACAUUGUAAAUUGUUAAAAAUAUUUGUAUGAAUAGUUGAGAUUUUUCAGAUAGGUAAGUAGAUGAAUAGGAAAGGUUUGGAGGGAUAUGGGUCAGGAGCA